AGAUCUCUGGAUCUUUAACAGUCAACAUUGGCUCAUACAAUAAAAAUUUUAAACUUUUUGGAAUUCCAGUGUAUGAGAACGUUCAAAGCAAAUGUUUCUCCACCGGUCCGGUUAAAGUGCCAUGUUGCAUUAAAAAUGGCAAACCUGGCAAGAUUGAUCCAAAAACUAAAGACUGCGAAGAGGAAUGUGACUGCAUUCCAGGCGAUUCAUCAUCACCCAAAGGUGUAAAGGUAUGUUUAUGAUUAUGCCUAUGCAGUCAUACCGAAAAGCUCUUGAACAAGUUAAGUACGAGUCUAAUGUAAAAUUUCACAUUCAUGCAUAGAUAAUUGGACCAACAAGAAAUUACGCUUCUUUCGUCUUAGAUGCCAGAUGGUUCUUGCAAGUGCGAAAUGUGUCCAGAUAAUUCCGUGAAACGAAAAAGAAGUGGCAACAAACCAGAAUGUCCAUGUUUGUGCAAAGAUAACACCGAAAAAGAAAUGAAUACCGAUGGAUCUUGCCCGUGUUCGUGUUCCUGCGAAGACGGCACCGAAGACACGAUUGCCUGGGAUGGUUCCUGCCCAUGUAAAUGCUCGUGUGAAGGAUUUUUGGAGUCAACUCGUGGGCCUUUUGGUUGCAAAUGUGAAGAAAAGUGCCCAGUAUGCGAGGACGGUGAGGAGCCAGUGUGGAUAGAUCAAAAGUGUAAAUGCAGAAAGAAAUUCAACUGCGGUGUUCCACCAGUGUGCGUCACUGGUCGAAAAGGACCAAAUUGUCAGCAACCUGACUGUUGGCCAUGCCAAGGAUGUUCAGGAAAUGGCUUUUGUGUGACCGACUCGUCUUGUCGCUCAAGAUGUUUGUGUCGAAGGCGUUGGCAAGGUCGAUGCUGCGAAAGACGUAGGCCCGUUCGAUGGUGGGGAGAUCCCCAUUUACAAACUCUUGAUGGAGUCGAGUUCGACUAUUUUGGUAUCGGAGAGUUCUGGAAUUGCAAAAGUAUCACAAAUGACUUCGGAAUGCAAAUACGAUUCUUUGGUUAUAAAGGAGCUUCUCUGACUGGAGCAGUUGCUCUUAAAGUGGCUGAGAACGUCGUUACAAUAACUACACAACCAGUUUCCUCACCCCGCGACUUACCAAUGCUAAGAGUCAAUGGUGCCUUGCAGAAUUUCUCUGGAAAUAAUGCAGAACUAUCAUUUGCCAACGAUUCCAUAAAGCUUAAUAUCUUCAAUCCAGAAAAUAGAACCGAGAGCAACGGAGCGCAGGUUAUAAUCAUGGCGUUUCAAUAUAAAUCUGGAGUCACGGUGUCUGUCGAGGUGGAAUACAGCCCAGUGAUGUCACGUCAUUAUCUUAACGUUAAUUUUAUACCAAACGCUGACUUCACCAAAGCCACUGAAGGUUUAUGUGGAUUCAUGGAUGAUGAUGAGACCAAUGAUUUGAUUGGUCCAAAUGGUGAACAGUAUAAUAAAAAUGAUACCAUUCAAUUUGCUGAAUCAUGGCGAAUAACAGCAAGUCACGAUGGAUCAGGCCAGGUAAACAGUUGGAAUUGGAAUUCCUCAAAUUUCCAUGCUGAAGAUGUAAUGGAUUCGUCGUAUACAAAUGAAGAACAUAAACCCCUGUAUACCUUAGAUAGCUUCUCACAAAACCAAGUCGAAGAAGCAAAAGGUGUUUGCAAUAGAAAUGGGCUGGAGAAUACACUUUUGGACAACUGUGUUUUCGACAUCUUGAUGACAAACGACACAUCGUUUGCAGAGCAACAAUCUUUGCAAAUAGGUUGCCCUAAUGACUGCACAGGAAAAGGUCUUUGUCUGAAUGCAACGUGCAGAUGUCUUGAAGGUUGGUCAGGUGAUGACUGUACUAUUGGCAGCUGUGGAAACUGUUCACGUGGUUCGUGUGUUGAGGGAUUCUGCAAAUGUGACAUUGGUUGGGAAGGCGCAGAAUGUGACAGGAAAGCGGCAUGUUUUGCUGUUGAUAACUGUACGUCAGAAGUUCAUGGAAUAUGUAAGACAACAGAUGUUUGCGAAUGCAACGUAGGUUUUACAGGCCCAAGUUGCGCUACCAUCGCAAACUGCUACAACGUCCUCAAUUGUUCUUCAAAUGGCGUUUGUAUCGGAAUUGACGAAUGUAAAUGUGACACCGGAUAUAGUGGAGCUUCAUGUAAUGUGACUUCAUGUGAAUCACUUGGCUAUUGCUCAGGAAAUGGACGGUGUAUUGCAUUUGAUACUUGUGAAUGCGUGAGUGGCUGGUCUGGACCUAGUUGUUCCAUUCCUGACUGUGAUGCAGUGAAUCAAUGUUCUAAGAAAGGCGAGUGUGUUGGACCUAAUCAUUGUAACUGUUUUGGAGGAUAUCAAGGAGCUGAUUGUAGUAUCUUCUUGGACUGCUCGCAUUUAAACAACUGUACUGAUAAUGGUGUAUGCAUCUUUAAUAAUGACGUGACUGGAGAUACAAAUAUUUGCAGUUGUUUCUUUGGUUUUGUUGGAUCCAACUGCAGUCAAUAUGAUUGUUCUGACGUCAACGACUGUUCUGGAAAUGGCACGUGCGUGGAACCAAAUCUGUGUUCGUGCAACAUGAGCUAUGAAGGGGAGAUGUGCCUGGAUUUCUCAUGUCAAUCACGAAGUCGUUGCUCUGGAAAUGGGAUUUGCGUUGGUUAUGAAGAGUGUCAAUGCAAUGAUAACUGGAUUGGCUUAUCGUGUGAAACACCGACGUGUUAUGACAAGAACAACUGUUCAUCCAAUGGACAAUGCGUAUCUCCGAAUAAAUGUGAAUGUUUUGAACAGUAUGACGGCGAAAACUGUACUGAAGAAGUGUCAAAAAAUCUCAAUGCCCCUACAUUCACAAACGAGUCAUAUUUUGCCGCCGUAUCUGAGAACCGAGGAAAAGGUUUUGUUGUAUUGAGCGUAUAUGCAAAUGAUACUGACCAUGGACGCAGCGGGGAAGUUUUAUACAUUAUCGAAGACGCAAGCCUUGCGAGCUUCUUCAUGGUUAACCAAGACAGCGGUGAAAUCUCAGUAUUUGCUGACGAUGUUUUAGAUUACGAGACCCUUUCUCAAAAACAAUUUACAUUUACGGUCACUGCUACAGAUAAUGGUGUUCCUUCUCGAAGUUCGGAGGCAACAGUUACGAUAACCGUCCAAGAU